AUGACAUCCCAACCCCCAGCCCGCCGCCUCCGCAUCGGCGUCGACGUCGGCGGCACCAACACCGACGGCGUCAUCCUCGACCCCUCCCUCGCUUCUUCCUCACCUUCAAAGGGCAUCCUAGCCCACAUCAAGACCGCCACCACCCCGAACCCCAGCGACGGCAUCAUAACCGCCAUAACCUCCAUGUUCACCCAACUUUCCGAGGGAAUCCGUCCCCAGGACUCCAUCGCCAGCGUCACCAUCGGCACCACGCACUUCGUCAACGCCGUCAUCGAGCGGGACCCCACGCGCCUCUCUCACGUCGCCGUCCUCCGUCUUUCCGGUCCCUUCUCCAAGCACGUCCCGCCCUGCGUCGACUGGCCCGAUGAUAUGCGCUCCCUGAUUCUAGGCUACAACGCGCGCGUGAAGGGAGGGUUGGAAGUGGACGGGUCGUUGAUAAGCGAUAUUGAUGAGGACGAAAUCCGUCAUCACUGCCGGGAAAUCAAGAAGAAAGGAAUCAGAGCGGUGGUGGUUAACGGGGUGUUUAGUCCCAUUGAUACCGUCCACAAACAAGAGGAGAGGGCGGCGGCGAUUGUGAGAUCCGAACUGGGAAAGGAGGGAGUGGACGUGGUGUGCUCGAAGGAUGUGGCAAACUUGGGGUUUUUGGAGCGGGAAAAUGCUGCGGUCUUGAAUGCGAGUAUACUGCGGUUUGCGAGACAGACGAUUAGGGAGUUUAGGGGCGCGGUGAGGAGGAUGGGAUUGAAGGGUUGCCCGGUGUUUAUCACGCAGAAUGAUGGGACGAUUUUGUCGGGGGAAGCUGCGACCAAGUUGCCGAUUAAGACUUUUUCGAGCGGACCGACGAAUAGUAUGCGGGGAGCGGCGUUCUUGGUGCAGCAGCAGGAAGACAACGAAAAGAAGGAAGGGGAGGCGAUGAUGGUGGUGGAUAUUGGUGGGACCACCACUGAUGUUGGACUCUUGUUGCCUAAUGGGUUUCCGAGACAGCAGGCUGCUUAUAGCGAGUUGGCUGGAGUGAGAAUGGAAGAAACCCGGCAGUUCAAAGCCAUUGUCAAGAGCAAGAUCGAAAAAAUCAUUGAUAACAUGAAGACCUCACCGGAGGACUUGCCAGUUAUUCUCGUGGGCGGCGGUGCAGUUAUUGCCCCUGAUCAGCUGCAGGGCGCAAGCAAGGUCCUCAAGCCCCGAUGGUCCGAGGUUGCCAACGCGAUCGGAGCCGCCAUUGCUCGCGUUAGUGCUGUUGUGGACACCAUCAAGUCGACCGAGACGAAGACAGAGAAACAGUUCUUGGAGGAGAUCAAGAAUGAAGCUAUCGAGAGAACCGUUGCAGCUGGUGCUUCACCGGAUUCUGUUGAGGUUGUGGAGAUUGAGAUGUUGCCUUUGCAGGUAAUGACGAACGACUUGCUAACCAAAUGGCACUUGCCAUGCCAGUACGUCGAGAACAAAACUCGUUUCAUCGUUCGCGCAGCCGGCGACUUCGAUUUCACGCGAUCAGAUUUAUCAAGCGACGACGACGACAAGGAGGAAGCCACCGAAGACGCCGUGGACAAGGACUCCUCGCGCGAGCCCCAAACAGUCACCGACACCAGGCCGACAACACAACAAGGAGAAGUCGACAUCCUCACUUACACCCCGACGGUCCGCAACCGCAUCUGGCACAUCUCCGAAACAGACCUCACCUUCAUCUCCACAGGUUGCUACAUCCUCGGUACCGGCGGCGGUGGCUCUCCCUACGCCUCCAUGAUCUUGCUCCGCCAACUUCUCCGCUUCGGCGCCUCCGUGACGGUCGUCUCGCCCCAAGACGUACCCGACACCGCGGCCGUCGGGUGCGGAUGCGGCGCCGGGUCGCCUACGGUCAGCAUUGAGAAGCUCCAGGGAGACGAGAUGAUGCAAGCGCAGACGGAACUCUACAAAGCUUUACCUGCAGGCCAGGGUAACAAAGCAACCCACAUGAUAGCACUCGAAAUCGGCGGCGGCAACGGCCUCCAAGGCAUGACGCUCGGCGCGAGCACCAACAUGAACAUCCCCUGCGUAGACGGCGACUGGAUGGGACGUGCAUAUCCGACCAAAUGGCAGACUACGCCGGUUGUAUUUAACGAGCGCUCGCCUAUCUGGAGUCCCAUCGCCGUUGCAGACGGGAACGGGAACGUGCUUGUGAUGCCCAAGGCGGCGUCGGAUGCGGCUGUGGAAAGGAUCAUUCGUGCAGCGCUGAGCUCCAUGGGUAGCCAGGUUGGUGCUGCCGAUCCGCCCGUUACGGGCGCGGAGAUGAAGAGGUGGGUGGUGGAGAAUACGGUGUCGCAGGCGUGGAGGCUGGGAAAGGCCGUGGCGAGGGCGAGGGCGAUGAAUCGGUUGGAUGAGGUGGCGGAGAUGAUUGUGGAGGAGUGCUCUUCUGGUGGUGCACGUGGGAGAGAGGAGGGGCCGCAAAAGGGGGCGAAGGUGUUGUUCAAGGGAAAGAUUGUGGGGGUUAGGAGGACGUUGAGGAUGGGUCAUGUUUAUGGGGAGUGUAUCAUUGAGGGAACGGAUGUGUCGGAUGAUGCUACUUCUACGAGUGGUGGGAAGCGAACACCAAGUGCCAUUGGGGAGGACUUCACUGGCAAAAGGAUCAAGAUCCCGUUCAAGAACGAGAACAUCGCCGCUAUCCGUAUAUCCGCCUCGGAAAAUGAUGGGUCUGAUGACGAGGGCAACAACGACGGCGAGAACAAGGAGUUGGAGAAGCAAGAGGACGUGCUGGCGAUCGUGCCGGAUCUGAUCUCAGUCAUCGACGCUCAAAGCGGUGAAGCCGUGGGCACCCCAGAGUAUCGCUAUGGCUUGCUGGUGAUCGUUCUCGGAAUCGCCGCUUCAGACAAGUGGACCGGGUCACAGAGAGGCAUCGAUCUUGGUGGUCCCAAGGCGUUCGGCUUUGACCACCUGAAGUACGAACCGCUGGGCAGGUUCGUGAAGCCGGUUAGUGUUAUUGAUGAGUUUGAUAGGUCGACCGAGUAA